CCCCCGUAGCCACUGCAGGCCAGCCGGCCAAGCCCACCCGCGAUAAAGCACGGAGCACAUUCCUCCCAAGAUGCCGAGAUAGUGCGGCCCGCUUGAGCGCUGCCCAGGUCACAAGGUCCUCUGGGACAAGCCUCGACCAAAGGAGAGGCGCGCCCGGCCCUUAGUGGGGGAAUGACCCCGGGGAGUGGAGAGGGGCGGGAGGCUGUGCUCUGUAGCUUCCAAAUGGAAACAGCCCGAAUCACCUGGCUUCUCACCUGCCCGGGCACAAGUGCCAGGUGUCAGUACCUAGACAUGGAUCUAAGUUACUUAACAGUCCAGAACGUUUCUCCAAUAGCACGAGCCCCAGUGACUACGCGGAAAAUAUUCGGCCACUUUGAAUAAAAUGAAAAGGAACUUUUACUGGGAAAGGAUGGAAGUAAAGAGACACGGGGAGAAAGAAGCAGGUGAAUGCAUAAAAGAGGGACGGUUCCUUCACGCCGGACCCGGAGGUGGAAGAGGGGACGAGAGAGCGGAAGGGACAACAGGCGAGAGCAGAGCGCGCAGGUCCCGUCCAGCCCGGAUGAACCGGGAGGCUCACUAUUGGGUUAUAACGACCAUUCCCUCGCCGCGACUCAUUCCAGCGGACCACGGCCGGAAUCCUGAACUGCCCCUCUUCACCUGUAACUGUUUGCAACACAAUCCCCAUCUCCGAAUAACAAGAUUUUCUCCUUUCAUGAAGGGUUGCUCAAGUCAAGAGGGCUACCUGGACUUUGAACCUCCACCCCACUUUCUACAUUCUUGCAUUCCAGAAACACAUAUGAAGCUCAUUUCUGCCACCCUUCCUAGAAAACUGGUUCCUGACAGAGACAUGUGGAAAGUUUUGAUCAUCGAUGAUUUUCUGAUGCUAAUGAGAUCAAGGACAGAGAAGCUAGAACCUACAAAACAAUGUGGAAAAGAAGCAACCAUCUUUGCCUUGUUACUGAUUUUAGAGGAAAAACUCUUAAAUAUGAUGUUUUUAAUGGGGUUUAUCUAGAUAUCUUUGUGAAGGCAAGAGUUUUUUUUAAAUAAAUGAAUCCUGGGUUUUAUUAAAAAAAUUUUACUGCAUCUAUUAAGAUGGUCAUAUGAUUUUAAAAUUCUAUUACUGCAGUAAAUUACAUUGAUUAUUUAAUUUAAAAACAAUCUUACGUAUCUGAAAUAAACCCACUUUGGUCAUGAUGUAUUAUUCUUUUCGUGUAACACUGGGUUUGAUUCUUUUAUUUAUUUAUUUAUUUUAGAAUUUUUGCUUUUAUGUUCACAAAUGACAGUGGCUUGUUAUUUUUUUCUUGUAUGUUCUUGUCAGGUUUGAGAAUCAAGGAUAUGUUGGUCUUACAAAAUUAUUUGGGAAGUACUUCCUUUUCAAUUUUCUGGAAAAGUUUUUGUAAAUUUGAUGUGAUUACUUCUUUAAAUAUUUGGUAAACUUCACUAGGGAAGCAUCUAGGAUGGGAAAAUUUUUAGUUAUGGACUCAAUUUCUUUCAUAGAUACAGAACUAUUCAAAUCCUUCUAUUUCUGACACUCUCAUUUUGGUACAUUGAGAUUCUCUAUGAAUUUGUCUAUUUUAUCUAAAUUUUCAAAAUUAUUGACAUAAAAGUCACAUAGACCUCUUAGGAUUUUUUCAAACGAGCUUUCAUUCUUGAAAUUAUUUAUUUGCACAUUCUCACUCUCUCUUCUUGAUCAGACUGGUCCGAUGUUUGUCAAUUUAAGGCUUAAAAAAAAAAAAAGAUACAAUGUUUGGAUUUGUUAAACCUCAUUAUACGUUUAUUUGUGUUUUUUCCAUUGGUUUCUAGUUUGUUGUUUAUAAUUUACCUAAUCUACUUUCUUUGAGUUAAAAUUUGCUUUUCUUUUUCAAACUUCUUGAAAUGGAUACUUAGAUGAUUCAUUUCCAUUUUUUCUACUUCCCUAAUAGCUUUAUUUAAGCCUAUAAAUUUCCCUUGAAUCACUGACUCAAAUUCAGCCCACACAUUUUGAUAUGUUACAUUUUUAAUAUAUGAAAUUUAAAAUGUCUUCUGAUUCCUAUUGUGAUUUUGAUUUGACCUAUUGAAUCAUUUAGUAGUGCAUUAUUAAUUUCUAAAAAUGUGAGGUUUCAGUAUGGCAUUUUUAUUAUUUACUGCUGGUUUCAUUACAUGUGAUCAGAAAACAUAUUCCAUAUUAUUUCAGUUUCUUGAUAUUUGUUAAGGCUUCCUUCAUGGUCAAGCAUAUGGUCAAAUUUUUUAAUAAAAUUCUAUAGAACAUGUACUUGAAAAAAAAUUCUAGUCUGCUCUUGUUGGGUGUUAGUUUUCAACACGUAUGUAUCAAUUAGAUCAAGUUUAUUAAUCAUGUUCUUCAAACCCUUAUGUUUUUAACUAUUUUUUUGUCUGUUCAUUCUAUUUAUAUUCUUUACUGAAAAAGGAGCACCAAAAUCUCCCCUUAUGAUUAUGGAUUUGUCUAUUUCUCCUUUUAGUUCUGAAAAUAUUGUUUUAUGUAUUUCAAGGCUUUGUUACUAGAUGAUAGCUGCGCCCAGUUUUUGUUACAUAUAAUACUGAAAAACUAGAGUGAUAGGCUUCCAAAGAACCACUGCUAUUGUCUGAAUGUCUGUGUCCUCCCAAAAUGUAUAUGUUUUAAUCCUAACCCCCAAGGUAAUAGCAUUAGGAUGUAGGGCCUUUGGAAAGUGACUGAAGGCUCUGCCAUUUGAAUGGGAUUAAUGCCUUUAUAAAAGAGAUAAGACAGCCACUCCACUAGGCAAGCCUGAGUGUAGAGUCAUCAAAGACAGCUUGGAGAAAUAGAUUGCUGGCCUUGAGUACCCACAUAGCUCAUUUUUGCCCUGUGGGAGCUAAAAAAUAUCUCCUAGAUGCUGCUGGCCUCCCUGUGGUUUGGUACAUGCUUAGUACACUCUGGCCUUAAGGCCUCUGCAUUUUCCAUUCUUUCUUCCUAGUAUACUCUUCUAGGUAACCUUGAGGCUUGCAUCAGGGAUAGAUAUGAAGCACAUGAAAUAAUACCUAGCAUAUAUGGUUACCGAAAAAGGAGGGAAGGAAUGUUAUGAGUUCAAGUGAAAGAAGAGCUCCACGGAGACUGGUUAGGAUGCACCUAAAGAAAAACGGAUUUGUGUGGGGGAUGGAGAAGAACAUGUUAUCAUCAAGUAAACAAAGGCAUGGAGCUGGGAAGGUGAGGGUUUCUCUAGACACCUCACAAUGAGUCCAGAGUUCAAGUAGAAAAAUGGUAGGUGGUAGGCAAUUAGGUAAGAAAAAUAAGUUGAAUCCCAAAAUAAAGGGCCAUGAGGAGUAGGCAAAGGGUUUUGGACUUUGCAUCCUGCCUCCUCCUCCUAGACUCGUAACUUACUUCCUCAGUAGAAUAUGAGAUACAUGUCCAGCAUGAUGCUCUGCACGUAAUCCGCAAGCAACAUUCCAUUUAUCGGUGACUAAACACUCAGGCCCUGGGGUGAAACUGCCUGGGUUCGAAUCCUGCCCCAUUCCAUCCUGACUGCAUGGCCUUGGGUAAGAUAGUUAACAUCUGUACACCUCUGUUUCCUUAUCUGUUAAAAAAAAAGGGGGGGGCUAAUCAAGGUAGCAGGUUCACUGGGUAAUUGUAAAGGUUUGAUGGAUGUUACAUAUAAAGCACUUGACAUACAACCUGUCAAAAAAUUUUAUACAAUCAAGUAGCAAUGUGGCAAUGGCCAGGAUUUUGAAGGAUAGGAAUAACUGGGAUGGUUAGAAAUCACAUGUGUGUGAUUCUAUAAACAAUUUAUUUUCCUGAUUGAUGUGUUUUGUAGGCAGCUAGAAUGGGCCAAGUAUGUUAUCAUCAAGAACUGAAGAGACUAAACUAGAGCAAGUAAAACAACAUCCGAAAUACAGUGUAGAUAUAUCAGAAUGCUUUUCAGUUCUGCAUUUGUGUUCUAACUUGCCCUUUAAACAUAUGUUGAAAAGAGUUUGACAGACGGGCAGAGGCAACACCAUUACUGAGAAAAGUCACUUGACAAAUCCUAGUAUUUCAAAGAGCCACUCCAUUUGUGGCAGUAAGAUUAAAUUAAGACAGUGCCCUGGGAAAACACAACUAUGCCAGGACUCUCCUCCUACUGAAUGCUUCUCAUGUCUAAGCUUUAUGUUUUCAACACUUAUUUCCAGGUCUAUUUUCAGUUGCUAUACAAAGGAUUAAUGAAAAUAAUUCCAUCUAAUGUGGUUAAUGUCUCAGAAAUCUAUCUCAUCCUAGAAUUCAUAAGACUCUGGCUUCCUGUAGAGAGGCCUUCAAAACAAUAAGGUAAAGAAAAUGAAAUCGUAUCUAAGUAUAAAAAUUGAAAUGUUGAUUUUGAUUUUGUAUUCGAUAACGAAUUUUGGUCAAUGCAUGUUUAUUUUAAAAGAAAGCAUGCACAACAGCUUUUCUACCAAUAAUGGUAGGAAAUUACAUAGCUAUUCAAAAUACCCAAUUCAUACAAAUUGAGAUGCAAAUGUUGGUGUUACUCGCUUAGAACAGAGAUGAAUAUUUAACUCUUAACGUGCACAUUUUAUCCUUAAUCUAUUCUAUGUAAUAUUUUAUGUUGCUUCACCAUUGUCAUAAAAGGAAACUGAUUUCCUUUUCUGGUAAAGAAGGAAAAUAAUACUAUUAACCUCCCAUGAUUAUCAUGAAAAUAAAGUGAAAUCAAGUGAACAAUAGUUUCCAAACUAUUGAUAGGAUGCAGUUACUCAUCAAUAAUAUUAGAAAGAAGACAAUAAAAUUUGUUUUCUUCUUUUCAGGCUCAUAUAAAUACAUAUAUGUAUACAUACAUGUAUAUAUACUUGUCAACUGGAGCAGGGCUGUAUAGAUAGCUCUCUAUAUAACAAAAAGAUAUGAAAAUUUGACAAUUUAGUAUAGAGAUUUUUCUAAUAAAAAGCACUUUUUAAAUAUCAAGCACUUUCUUUGUUUUCUAAAACCAUACAGCAAGUUUUUAUUUAUUAUGCCAGAACAUAAUUAGUAGUUAUUCGAGUGAGCACAGACAGAAUUACAUAAAAACAACAGGUGCAAGAACUCCUAGAUAAUCUCAUUAAUUGCAGAGGCUCUAUGGAUUUGGAGCAAGAGGUCCAAAAUACCCCACAAGCAGGUGUUCUAGGUCUUCUUAUGGCUCAUGUGGGCACUUGGAGGUAUUUGAUGCGGUAGAUAACAACUUGCUUAAAGACAAGGCUGAAUAGGACAGCUGUCAAGGGCAUUAGUGGUAUGUGAGGGGUGGAGGACUGGAGAAUAGAGAAGGUAUAAUCAGAGCCCCGCCAGGGCCAACUCUGACUAAGUUGGUUUCUGUGUUCUCGGAACCCUCUGUCUGCUCUGGUUUCUCACUGGAGUUUCCUGUGCUGUCCGCCCACCAACUGUAUCACAUUGCCUUUCCGUCUAGGUGCUGCUUCCUCCUCUUCUCAUGGCUAACUCUUUCUCAUGGUUUAGGGUUCAGCUCAACUGUUACUUCUUCAUGGAGGCUGAUACCUCCCAGUCUUCAUCUGAUAAGUGUGGAGCUUUUAUCACCAUCUAUAACUAUGCUACUUAAUCAUCUGUUUAUUAUUAACCGUGUGCUGCAGAAGGUGAUCUUGAUGAGAAGAAACUGCAUACCCAGCAGUUUCUGGGUCAUAGGCAUGCAUCAGGUAACUGAUGAAUGAAUGAAUGAACAAAUACAUUAAUCUCCAAGAUUCCUUCAGUUUGCGAUAUUCUGCUUGACUAUUCCCUCAAAAGGCUUUAUGUUUCUCCUGUAUUCUCUCAAGCAUCCUAUUAUAACUUUUUGAGUUAGUAGCGUGUUCACCAAGGCUAAUCCUCUUUAGCAUGUUAGCCAGCUACGACGGCCACCUUUUCACAUAACAAGAUGAUUUCACCAAGUUAAAAACUUCUUUGGGAUCUAUUAGUAAAAGUAUAUAUAAGAGUUUGCAUUUCUAACAAUAUAGAAAAGUGUAGAGCCUCCCAUUAUAAAAUAUCUAGAAAUGCUGGGUGGGGGGAGGGAAACAUACUUUAAAAGCAUAGCUGACUUUAUAAGAUAGUACAAGAAAUGUUCAGGAGCUAAAAUUGAAAAAGGUCACUGAAAACCAGAGCAGCACAGAGACAGGAAGCCUGUGGUUGUCCUGGGAGGGAAGUGGGAGACAGGAAGGGGGCGCCAUCGCACUAGCUCAGAGCAAAUGCUUGCGUGGAGAUGGCAGAUGAGGUCCUGGCUCCACGCAUAUAUAAGGCUGGGAGUUGGAACUGAGAUGCCAGUAGGGGACUCUUGAAGGACUCUAUUUUCAGUAAUUGAGAGGUCCUUAAAUAAAACCACCCACUGACAGGGAGAUGACAAGGUAUUUUGUUUAUUUCAGUCUGGGUUCUGAGUGAGGAAAAAGAAAGUCUGCCCUGAGAGUUCUUGAUCAAGACCUGCCCCCACAUAGAUUCAGGGCUUGUCUUUUAUAGCUCAAGUACUGUCAAUCAAGCAAUUCAUGUAAAAAUGGAGCCUGGUUUUCUACCCAUGGGGCAUUCGACAGAGGCAGUUGUAAAACUUUGCUGCAGGAUCACACCUUCGAUCCAGGCCUCACAGGAUCCUCACAGAUAAAGGCUCAGUGUUGAUAAAUUUGCAAUCUAUAUUUAUGAAACACUCAAGCUACCAGGAGCAAGAAGCAACAGAUACCACAAACAGCAUGACUGGAUACCUAGGAAUUUCCGGUGAGUCAGACACAGGCAAUAAAACAGGUAUCUUUAGAAUGAUUAAAGAUGUAAAACAAUAAAAAAAAAAAAAAAAGGAGAAAAAU